UAAUAAAAGUUAAUAAAUAAAUAAGGAGUUAGCUUCUCCCUCGUGUCAAAUCGAAUUGGGCGCUAGGGUUUCUUCAUCAAUAUCUGGGGAGACGACGAAGAUGGUGUGCGAUAAGUGUGAGAAGAAGUUAUCAAAGGUGAUAGUUCCAGAUAAGUGGAAGGAUGGUGCUCGUAAUGUUACCGAAGGUGGUGGCCGCAAGAUCAACGAGAACAAACUUCUCUCCAAGAAGAACAGAUGGACACCUUACGGUACUGCUACCACGAAGUGCAUGAUUUGCAAGCAGCAAGUGCAUCAAGAUGGUAAAUAUUGUCACACAUGUGCCUAUAGCAAAGGAGUGUGUGCAAUGUGCGGGAAGCAAGUGUUGGACACGAAGAUGUAUAAGCAAAGCAAUGUAUAACCAAAUCCACUAAGCUUCUUCAACCUUUGAUGUCUAUUUGCAUAACCAGGGGACGACUUAUCUUUGUUAUAUCCUGAGCUCUUUGAACAAUCUCAGUCAUGUGUUAAUUCUCUGUACCUCUCUCUUUUGUUUCUAGUAAUAACAAACAAAAGCUUCCCUCUUUUAAGGUGUGAUCAUGAUAGUUCUAAUC